UCUGACAUUAUUCUGAUCUCUUCUUCUUUGAUCUUAAUUCCGGUGAACAAUGUCGUCGCCUUACUUGUCGGAAACAAGGUCGCCGCUUCCUUUGCUGUUCCGAAGGCAUUCGAGCGGCGAAAUGAAGAACUUGGCCUCAGUCUCCAGCAGCCUCUUACCUGCCUUUGGAACCGUCGUCGAUGAAGGACACCCUCGUCUCAAGAAAUUUGUCAUUGCACCUUAUGAUAGAAGAUACAGGUGGUGGCAGACAUUUCUGGUGGUGUUGGUGGUGUAUUCUGCAUGGGCGUCGCCGUUUGAGUUGGCUUUUAAGAAAGUGGUAACGGGUUCUCUCAUGAUCGUUGACUUGAUUGUGGAUUCAUUCUUUGCCAUUGAUAUUAUCCUCACUUUCUUUGUGGCUUACUUGGAUAAAACAACCUAUCUUUUGGUAGAUGAUCACAAGAAAAUUGCUGUAAGGUAUCUUACAAAACUUUGGUUCCCAAUGGACGUGGCGUCAACUCUACCGUUUCAGCUCAUAUACAGAAUCUUCACAGGCGAACUGCACCGUGGUGAGACGUUUGGCUUCCUCAAUUUGCUUAGGCUUUGGCGACUCCGGCGCGUUAGUCAACUCUUUUCGAGACUAGAGAAAGACACGCGCUUUAGCUACUUUUUGAUAAGAACCUGCAAACUAAUCAGUGUGACACUAUUUGCAGUGCACUCAGCUGGGUGCUUCUACUUCUGGCUGGCGGCCCACCACAAAUCACCAGCGAACACGUGGAUAGGAAGCCAGGUGGACGACUUUAAGCACAGGAGCAUCUGGUUGGGGUACACCUACUCCAUCUACUGGUCAAUCGUCACUGUCACCACCGUCGGAUAUGGCGACCUUCACGCGGUCAACACAGGGGAGAAGGUCUUCAACAUGAUCUACAUGCUCUUCAACAUUGGCCUCACUUCUUAUCUCAUUGGAAACAUGACCAACUUGAUUGUCCACAGCGCUGUGCGAACCUUUGCCAUGAGAGAAGCAAUCAAUCAGGUGCUGAGGUAUGCAAGCAAGAACAGACUUCCAGAGGGAUUGAAAGAACAAAUGCUGGCACAUUUGCAACUCAAGUUCAAGACAGUAGAGUUACAGCAAGAAGAAGUGCUUGAGGAUCUUCCUAAAGCAAUAAGAUCAAGCAUCGCCCAACACCUAUUCCAUCGCACUGUUGAAAAGACCUACCUCUUUAAAGGAGUCUCUGAAGACCUUAUUGUUCAAUUGGUUUCGGAGAUGAAAGCGGAAUAUUUUCCGCCGAAGGUCGACAUUAUCUUGCAAAACGAGAUUCAGACAGAUUUCUAUAUUUUGGUGACAGGAUCAGUGGACGUGAUUGUAUACAAGAAUGGUACAGAGCAGAUUGUGUCAAAACUAGGAUCUUCAGAUAUGGCAGGAGAAAUCGCAGUACUUCUCAACAUACCACAACCUUUUACAGUGAGAACAAGGAGGCUUUCUCAGGUCAUUCGAAUGAGUCAUAAUCAUUUCAAGCAAAUACUGCAGCCAGACAAUGAAGACGCAAAGACUUUACUCUCCAAUUUUAUUGAGUACCUGAAGAGCUUAAAACCAGAUAUGAUUGAAGCAAUACCCUUUCUCACAGAUUUAUUGAGGGACCUAAACAGAGAGCAAAUAGAACCAAACGAGGAUCCACAUAAUCAAGAAACACCGAGUUAUAACAGAGACCGAAGUUUAGAAGGAAUGACACUUCCUGUCAGAGUGAUAAUCCAUGGAUAUAAUCCCAACGAAACUACAACAGAAGGUGAGACAUCGGGGAAACUCGUACAUUUGCCCGAUUCAAUCGACGAGCUUUUCAGAUUGGCAGAGAAAAAGUUUGGUAAAAAAGGAAGCACGAUUGUCAUGGCCGAUGGCUCACAGGUGGAAGAACUAAAUGCUUUAAGAGAGAAUGACCAGUUGUUUAUCUUUUAAAAGCUAAACAGUACUCAAGAAAAUCGCAAUCUGUAAAAUUUUCCAAACUACCAACCAUCUUAUUGUCUUGUAACUUGUAUGGUAAUAUUGUCUAUCAUAACAUAUGAAAAGAAUAUAGAGCUUACAG